CGAAACACAAGAAAACAAACGGAGACACCGCGCCCCGCCGAGCUAGCGCGCGCGCAUGGAUCCCAACGACGCCUUCUCGGCCGCGCACCCGUUCCGGUGGGACCUCGGGCCGCCGGCGCCGCCGCCCGUGGCGCCGCCUCCGCCGCCGCCCCCUCCUGUGCCGCCGGUGCACGCCCCCAGGGAGCUGGAGGAUCUGGUGGCAGGGUACGGCGUGCGGCUGUCGACGGUGGCACGGAUCUCGGAGCUCGGGUUCACGGCGAGCACGCUCCUGGCCAUGACGGAGCGCGAGCUCGACGACAUGAUGGCCGCGCUCGCCGGGCUGUUCCGCUGGGACCUGCUCCUCGGCGAGCGGUUCGGCCUCCGCGCUGCGCUGCGCGCUGAGCGCGGACGCCUGAUGUCUCUCGGCGGCCGCCACCAUGGGCACCAGUCCGGGAGCACUGUGGAUGGCGCCUCCCAGGAAGCGCUAUCCGACGAGCAUGACAUGGCGGGGAGCGGCGGCAUGGGUGACGACGACAACGGCAGGAGGAUGACGAUGGCCGGCAAGAAGCAGGCAAAGAAAGGAUCCGCGUCGAGGAAGGGCAAGAAAGCGAGGAGGAAGAAGGUGGACGACCUGCGGCUGGACAUGCAGGAGGACGAGAACGACUGCGACGACGACGGCGGCGGGUCGGAGUCGACGGAGUCGUCUGCCGGCGGCGGCGGAGGUGAGCGGCAGAGGGAGCACCCUUUCGUGGUGACGGAGCCCGGCGAGGUUGCGAGGGCCAAGAAGAACGGGCUGGACUACCUGUUCCAUCUGUACGAGCAGUGCCGCCUCUUCCUGCUCCAGGUGCAGUCCAUGGCUAAGCUGCAUGGACACAAGUCCCCAACCAAGGUGACGAACCAGGUGUUCCGGUACGCGAAGAAGGUGGGGGCGAGCUACAUCAACAAGCCCAAGAUGCGGCACUACGUGCACUGCUACGCGCUGCACUGCCUGGACGAGGAGGCGUCGGACGCGCUGCGGCGGGCGUACAAGGCGCGCGGCGAGAACGUGGGCGCGUGGAGGCAGGCGUGCUUCGCGCCGCUCGUCGACAUCUCCGCGCGCCACGGCUUCGACAUCGACGCCGUCUUCGCCGCGCACCCGCGCCUCGCCAUCUGGUACGUGCCCACCAGGCUCCGCCAGCUCUGCCACCAGGCGCGCAGCAGCCACGCCGCCGCCCUCCCGCCGCCCUUGUUCUAG